UAUAUCCCACUCAGCUCUCAGCUUAUUGACUUCUUCGCCUCUUCCCCCUCCGACCUCCAUUUUCUCCGCCGCAUCUUCAACCCCAACGGAGCGUUUUCCGGCGUAUUUUCUAUUACUCCGCCGAAUCUUCAUCCGUCGGCUUACAAUACUGGGAAAGAAAAGCCCCAAAAAACCCAUUAAAACAGAGAAGAUCUACUUACUUAGAAAAAAUGGGUAUUUCGUAUCUUCUCAAAUUCAUGAAGCCCUUUAUCGAACCCGUUCACAUUAAAAAAUACGCCGGCAAACGUGUUGGGAUUGAUGCUUAUUCAUGGCUUUACAAAGGAGCUUAUUCAUGCAGCAUGGAACUGUGUCUUGAUUCUGAGGGCGAUGGGAAAUCUCGUUAUUUGCAGUACUUUAUGCAUCGAAUCAAUCUACUUCGUUACCACAAAGUUACACCCGUUGUUGUUUUUGAUGGUGGGAACAUCCCAUGUAAGGCAGACACGGAGAAUGAACGACAUAGGAGAAAAGAAACUAAUCUUGCUUUGGCAAAGGAAAAACUUGAUCAAGGUGAAGUUAAUGCUGCCAUUGAGUUAUUCCAGAGAGCUGUCAGUAUUACUCCAUGCAUGGCACAUCGAUUGAUUCAGAUUCUGAGGUCAGAAAACAUCGAAUUUGUAGUUGCUCCAUAUGAGGCUGACGCACAAUUGGCAUAUUUGUCAAGCCUUGAACCUGAAAAAGGUGGAAUUGAGGCUGUGAUUACAGAAGAUAGCGACCUGUUGGCCUAUGGUUGCCCCGCUAUUCUCUUUAAGAUGGAUCGAUAUGGCAAUGGUGAGGAGAUUGUGCUGGAGAAGGUUUUCAAUUCUGGCAAUGGUUUUAGCCCUUCCUUCCAGAAUUUCAAUAAAGAAUUGUUCACAGGUGUAUGUGUUUUAGCUGGAUGUGAUUUCCUUCCAUCUGUACCUGGAAUUGGGAUUAAAAGAGCCUACUCCUUGGUUUCCAAGUAUAAAAACUUGGACCGGGUUUUGUCUGUGUUGAAGUUUACUAAGCACAAUCAAAUGCCUGAAGAUUACAUAAAGUCUUUUAGAGAAGCAGUUGCUGUAUUUCAGCAUGCCAGAAUAUUUGAUGCUGGCACAAAGACAAUAAAACACAUAAAACCUCUACCUGAAAAGAUUUUGCAAUCUCUAGAUGGCAAUCUGGAUUUCCUGGGACCAGACAUCCCUUCAUCAGUAGCAACUGCCAUUGCUGAAGGUCGCUUAGAUCCAAUUACCAUGGAAGCCUUUGGUAACUCAAAGAAAGCUAAAGGUUGUCUGGAUCCAAAUGUAACUCUAGUUUCUGAUCAAGUGCUAAGAGCGGAGACCCAAGUGGUGAUGUCUACGCAAGAGAGCUGCUUUUCCAUAUUUUGUUCUUGUGAAACAACAGAUAAAAGGAAUACAGAUACAGAGCAGAAGGUGACUUUGGAUAAGAGGAGCUAUUUGAAGGAAGCUGCUGCCCUUGAAAAACUAAUAGCCCCUUCAGAAUUCCACCAGAAAGUUGAUGACAUUGAAGAAAAAAGAGAAUUUCCAGACAACAACCCCUUCAAGAAAAGAAAAGUUGUUGAUUUUCAGUUGGAACAAAUGCAAACCACUACCGAACAAGCUUCUAAGGUGAUAGAUGCUGAAGAAUCAGAUAAGGUUAUAGAAAGAAGAGAGAUUCUCAAAAACCCAUUCAAGAAAGUAGAACUUGAUUCUCAGUUGGAGCAGAGACAGACAACCAUGGAGUUUCUCAAAAACUCUCUCAAGAAAGUAGAGUUUCUCAAAAACCCAUUCAAGAAAUUAAAACUUGAUUCUCAGUUGAAGCUGAGAAAGACAACCACUGAACAAGUUUCAGAGGUAAUAGAUGUAGAUGACUUGGAUGAGACGAGUGGUACCGCAGAAUCUCAAAAGAGUGUAAAGUUUAAGCCUAUGACAGUGUUCAUCCCUAAUAAGAGAAAAGAGGGAAAUAAGAAGAGAUUAAAUAGUAAGAUGAGUUGCAAGAGCUCUGAGUGUAAAAAUAAUAGCAUUCUUAAUUUCUUUACUCGAUUGUAGUAAUUAUUUCCCAUUUUUUUCUGGGUAUUUUACAUCA